CCUCCUCCUCCUCCUCCCUCCACCCUCUGCAGGGAGGUGUACAGAGUGCAUAAACAGAAGGAACUCCUCCACUCCACAGGAAAGUCUCCCCACCAUAAAGAUGAGUGUUGUUUUUGUCAGUGACUUGUUAGAAGACAGAGAAUAAUUCCUGUGUGGAAGCUCUGCACCUGAACAGGUGUCCUCAGCUGAAGGAGAAGAACAAACAUGGGAUUUACUCAAAGCUCAUCUUGAAGUCUCUUCACAGCUUGAAGCUCUUCAUCGUCGACCGUCACAUUCAGGCAGUCACAGAUGAUGAUGAUGAUGCACUUUGGGAGAAGCAGUGUUGGCCCUGCAGAGUCCAGCCUGAGCAGCCACAGAGCAGAAGGCACCAUGGGAAACAGCGAUGAUGGACGUGCCCUAGCUGCAAAGAACACAAACAACUGCAACAACAAUGAUGGAAAGAAAGAUGACAAGAAAGACGACAAGAAAGACGAUAAAAAGGACGACAAAAAGGACGACAAGAAAGACGACAAGAAAGAUGACAAGAAAGACGAUAAAAAGGACGACAAAAAGGACGACAAGAAAGACGACAAAAAGGACGACAAGAAAGACGACAAAAAGGACGACAAGAAAGACGACAAAAAGGAAGAACCGAAGGAAGUGUGGAUCAUGGACCCUGCCACAGAUCUGUACUACUACUGGUUGUUCACAAUAUCUGUCCCAGUGUUCUACAACCUGAUAUUCUUGGUGGCCAGGGCUUGUUUUAAUGAACUACAGUAUCAAAAUUCAACAGUCUGGACUGUUUUGGACUACAUGUCAGAUGCCCUCUACUACUUUGACACCUUUGUGAGAGCCAGGACAGGUUUUCUGGAGCAAGGCCUUCUUGUUAAGGAUGCAAAGGUCCUGAAAGAAAAGUAUAUGAAGACAACCCAGUUCAAACUGGACAUCAUGUCACUGAUUCCUACUGACAUUGCCUUCUUGUUUAUUGGAAUCAACAACCCAGAGUGGAGGUUCAAUCGUCUGUUUAGGUUAAGCCGUCUCUUUGAGUUCUUUGACCGGACUGAAACACGAACCAACUUUCCAAACAUCUUCCGAAUUGCUAAUCUUGUACUUUAUAUCAUCAUCAUUAUUCACUGGAAUGGUUGCCUGUACUUUGCUGUCUCCAAGGUACUUGGUUUUGGCUCAGACACCUGGGUCUAUCCAGGCCCAAAGAAACCUGGGUUUUCUCAACUGUCCAGACAGUACAUCUACAGCUUUUACUGGUCCACUCUUACCUUGACCACUAUUGGUGAGACGCCACCCCCAGUCCGAGAUGUUGAGUACUUUUUUGUUGUAGCUGACUUUCUCACUGGGGUUUUGAUCUUUGCUACAAUUGUAGGAAAUGUUGGUGCCAUGAUCUCCAACAUGAAUGCUGCACGUGUAGAGUUCCAGGCCAAGAUCGAUUCUAUCAAGCAGUACAUGCAUUUUCGAAAGGUCACCAAAGACCUGGAGGCAAGGGUGGUGAAGUGGUUUGACUACCUGUGGACAGAGGAGAAAACCUGUGAUGAGAAGCAGGUGCUAAAAAAUCUGCCAGACAAGCUAAAGGCAGAGAUAGCCAUUAACGUACAUCUAGAAACCUUAAGCAAAGUGCGCAUCUUUCAAGACUGUGAAGCUGGUUUGCUUGUUGAGUUGGUCCUGAAGCUUCAACCUCAGGUUUUCAGUCCUGGAGAUUACAUCUGUAAGAAAGGGGACAUUGGUAGGGAAAUGUAUAUAAUCAAAGAAGGAAAGCUGGCUGUAGUAGCAGAUGAUGGAGUUACCCAAUUUGUGGUCCUCAGUGAUGGGGCUUAUUUUGGAGAAAUCAGCAUACUCGGGAUCAAGGGUAGUAAGGCAGGUAACCGAAGGACAGCCAACAUUCGAAGUGUGGGCUACUCUGACCUCUUUGCCCUGUCCAAAGAUGAUCUGAUGGAGGCACUAACAGAGUAUCCUGAUGCUAAGAAUGCUCUGGAGGAGAAGGGAAGGGCCAUCCUGAUGAAAGAUAAUCUCAUAGAUGAGACACUUCUUGCUGCUACUGAUUCUAAAGACUUAGAGAACAAAGUUGACCAGGUUGAAGCCAGUUUGGAAAUCAUGACAGUGAAAUUUCGAAAGCUGACAAAUCAAUAUGAAUCCUCUCAGCGUAAAAUCAAGCAGCGGCUGAGUAAUUUAUCAAACCAGGUCAGAAGCCUCAGAGAAGAUGAGUAGAGCUUGGCUAGCACUUCUGCUUAGGACGCUUCCUCUUCACAGGGACUGUAGGUCUCUUUGUGCACACCAAAAGCAUGAGACUAGCAUUGUGUCCAUCCUGAAGCGGCAUGUUCAGCAAUGACGUUACGACUGCUUUGCGGCGACAGGACCUGUGAGGUGUCUGCUUCUCAAACCAACACUGAUCUGUGCGCUCGGUUUCUCGGUUGUGCAGAAGUCUCCCAUCAAUCCUUUCAUUCUGUGAAACCAGAAAUACAGAUUCUAAAAAUAAUCUUUUUUGACUAUUUCCUACAUGGAAUAACCUUCAUAAAGCAGAGCAAGAGCAAUUUGAGAUUAUAAUCAGACCUCAAAGAUUUAAAAGCUACUUUUGGCUGCUCCCUUGUCUCACCAGGUAACUCUGCAUAUUUUGAGUUGGCAGUUUUACACCAGAUAGCAUUUCUGACACAAUCCCCCAAAAUUUAUGUCUCUGGCUGGAACAGUUAACUGGCUUAAUUUACAGCCAUUUUCAGCUAUGCUAAUAUGCUCAAAUAAAUAAAUAAAGGAACCCUUUAAUCAGAGUUCAGCCUCAGUCAGUAAACCUCUAUAUUAUGAUAUUGAUGAGGUCAGUAAGUAUCAGAGGGGGUGUUCAUCAGUCUCAGCUGCUUUGGUGUUCAUCAAAUUACCAGCAGGGGUACUAGAGGGGCAACAGUGAGACACCCCCCAAACAGGAAUGGUUUCACAGGUGGAGGACACUCACAUUUUCCCUCCUCAUCUUUCUGACUGUUUUUCACAUUUGGCUAGGGUCAGUGUCACUGCUGGUACACUCUAAAAAUAACAUGAUUUUCCAGUUAUUUUAAAUAUGUAAAAUAUCACUAAAAUAAAACAGAGUGAGUUAAAAUAAUGUAGAAUGACAUGAAAAACACAACCUGUGAAUAAACAUGAAUUGAACUUUGUUUUUACAGAAAACUCACUUUUGUCCACGAAUAUGUUUGUUUAAAACAGUUCAGUUCUAGUUCAUUGCUGUAAAUAUAUACAAUACAUAACAAAUGUGUGUAAUUUUACAUGGAUUUAUUCAUUAAAUAAUAGAUGUGUUGUAUCAUUAUGCAAGUUUGUGGGAAAACACUGUAUAAUUUUUAUUAUUCCAUCCAUCCAUGAAUUAUUUUUUAUCUCAAUGAAUGCUGUUAACAGUAACAAGUUACGUUGAUUUAUUAUGACCCCGGGGGGGGGGCAAUAACAGUCUGAGUCAUACUGAAUUUACACAGGAGAAUGCCAGUGACCCUUAGAUCACCUGAGUACAUUUUUGUCAUAAUUGGAUCAAGGUCAGAGGUCAAGUUUGUCUGAACAUUUUGCGAAUGCCAUAACUCCAGAACGAUGUGAGGUUGGAUGUUCAAAUCCACACCAUUCGCAGUGACCUUGAUCUCAGGGUAAAGGUCAAAGCAAAAUCAUAGACAUGGACAGUAGGACCUCGGUGUUAUCUCUCUGAUUCAGUGGCACGUGGACGACAUCCAGAUCAGCUAAAACACCUGCUGGGGGCGGGGCUUGCUGUGCCCGGCACACCUGCUGAAUGUGAGAUCUUUAGCUGUUGAUAGGUUGUAAGUUGUGACUUGUUAUUCCACAUACUUUUGAGAAUUGUCUCACUUCUUCUUGUGCAUGACUUAAUUCAAAGCUUUCCUUUAUUGUCAUCAUGUUAUUUUGAUUGUUUUUUACUAUAAUAACUUAAUAAAGGCUUACAGUGCCCAGAUUUUUCAUUGAUUUGCCCUUUUGCAGCAUUAAAUGUCUUGAACUUGCUACAGUUCUUCUA